CGAAUGACUCCUUGCAACGUGUUGGUGGUGGCGGCGGCGGUGGCGCGGGCUCUUCCGGGCGCCGCAGCUUCCUGCCAAGCACCGCGCAGCCGCCUCCGCCGCAGGAUCCCCCGGUGCAGGCCUCCGUGCUGGUGCGGAUCCUGGGGCUCAGCCGCGCGCGCCCUGCCUGAUCCUGUGCCGACCCACCGCACUAUGCGCGCCGUGCCGCUGCCCGCCCCGCUCCUGCCGCUGCUGCUGCUCGCGCUCCUGGCUGCUCCCGCCGCCCGCGCCAGCAGAGCCGAGUCCGUCUCCGCGCCGCGGCCCGAACCCGAGCGUGAGUCGCGGCCACCGCCCGGCCCGGGGCCCGGGAACACCACUCGGAUUGGGUCUGGGGCGGUGGGCGGCAGCGGCAGCUCCAACAGCAGCGGCGACGCGUUGGUGACCCGCAUUUCCAUCCUCCUCCGCGACCUACCCACCCUGAAGGCGGCCGUGAUCGUGGCGUUCGCCUUUACCACCCUCCUCAUCGCCUGCCUGCUGCUGCGCGUCUUCAGGUCGGGAAAGAGGAUAAAGAAGACACGCAAGUAUGAUAUCAUCACCACUCCAGCCGAGCGAGUGGAAAUGGCGCCACUAAAUGAAGAGGAUGAUGAAGAUGAGGACUCCACAGUAUUCGACAUCAAAUACAGGUAAAACCUGUUUCCCAGCCUGUUGGCAUCCUGUGGAAAGUUGUUCAGCUGCAACCUGGGGUGUGAAGGACCUGGAAGCCCUCUUGCGUCGGAGGUGUUGAAACCAAAACGAACGUUAUGUAUAAAACCCCAGCUCCAUCGUGGGUGUCAGGCAUCUGCUCAGACUGUCACUGGCAAGCUCGUUUCCACGUCACCACAAUGGAGUUGCUUCUGCCACCCUUUGGGUGCCCCUUUAAAGUGCCCCCCACUUCCACUCUCCCCGUAAGAGGCUUUGUGCCUUGCUAAGGCGCGAAGGGUAGAAACGUGUUGAUUUUAAAAAAGUUUUUUUAAGACAAUUGUUGACAAUAGUAAAAGAGAUCAGGAGGAUCAAGAAUCUAAAACAAGCCUGAAGGGUGUCCAACUUGGUAUUUAGAAUUUCCGACAUUCUUCUCUACUGGAUCUACACAUUGGACCCUGUCUGAUCCUUUGCUGCUUUUUUGACUUGGUCAGGUCCUGGCCUCAUUUUGGCGUUACCUGUGUCAGAGUUCAAGGUGGAUGUGCUUAGAGCUGGUCAGCCCCUUCCAGACCUGGACACAUCUGUGGCUCCUUUUCUUUCUGUUUUUCUUUCUUUCUUUCUUUUUUUUUUUU